AUGCUGAAAUCCCCAGAAAGAAAACGGAGUCCACUCCCCAACUCCAAAAGCUCCGUGAAAACUAGCCGCAGAGCCCCCCAGACCUCCCCAGUACUCAUAUCAGAACAAAAUCAAACAUCUAAACCCAAAUCGAACGACCAAACCACCCCCGAGCUCCCAGCCCCACCAUUCCGCAGCGUCUCCGCCUGCAACAGAUGUCGUCUCCGUAAACACCGCUGCGACCAGCGCCUCCCACGCUGUGAGUCAUGCGAAAAAGCUCAAGUCCGCUGCGUGGGCUACGACCCCCUCACCAAGCAAGAGGUACCACGUAGCUAUGUGGCCUUUCUCGAAAGCCGCGUCAACUAUCUCAACCAGGUCCUCAUCGACCACGGCAUCGGGUUCAAGCCCGCUAUCGCGUAUGACGAGGAAGAAGCACUGAAGAUGGAGGCCGGCCAGUCGCCGAGGUUUGAAUCUCGCGGGCUGAGGAAUGCGAGAGAACCGCGAGAGCAGAGCCAAAUCGGGAUGGGGGCGCGGACGUCCCGUAAAAGGAAAUUACCUCAGUAUUCCGAGGAUACCAUCCCGACGAGACAGGUCAAACGCUUGGCGCAGCUAAACGUUCUUCUCACGGAGUUGUUGACGGAUGGCUGUGAACAUCGCCAAUGUGCCCGCGAUCCCGGGAGGGGUUAUAUGCGUGCUGCUCGUAGGCAUCGCGCGCAGGAGGACCCUCUUGAUCAGAGAUUGCCGUGGUCUCCGCGGAGCUUGGAUUCGAUGGAUCAUAGUGAUAGCCGUGGAACUAGAUCUGAGUCGCCGGUGUCCUUGCAUGAGUCAUAUCGAUAUCCAAGGACGAGACCUGGGCGCGGCUCGUCUCUGCUCGGUGCUGGAUCUAUCCCGGAAUCAGAUCAUGGGCGUGAAGGACACGACGCAAAGACACAGCCCGAGGUCGAGCUUGAUUCGGUAGAUGUCGACUCUGGGUCUAUUGCUGGGGGGAGUAAAUUGAGAAAUACCAAUAUCGAUCGAGAGGUGAAUGUUCCGAGUCGUGGCUCGUCCCCAGAGAAGGAUGAUCGAUCUGGUCCUGAGCCCAAGUUUGAUAUUGCUGCCGAUCUUCUUCGGGGGCGGAGGGAAAGGGAGAGGGCUAACUAUGACUUGCUGGAUGAGUUCCUUGUUGAUUGGGCGGAUUGA